GGUCUGGGUUAUCUUGUAGCAUAGCAACUUCGGAUUUCACUCUACCUGGAGAGUUGCCCGCUUGUUUGAACACAUUGGCAUCAGGAAGCUUCCUUCAAAAUGUCUACUGUUCAUGAAAUCCUGUGCAAGCUCAGCUUGGAGGGUGAUCACUCUACACCCCCAAGUGCAUAUGGGUCAGUCAAAGCCUACACCAACUUUGAUGCUGAGCGGGAUGCUUUGAACAUUGAAACAGCCAUCAAGACCAAAGGUGUGGAUGAGGUCACCAUUGUCAACAUUUUGACCAACCGCAGCAAUGCACAGAGACAGGAUAUUGCCUUCGCCUACCAGAGAAGGACCAAAAAGGAACUUGCAUCAGCACUGAAGUCAGCCUUAUCUGGCCACCUGGAGACGGUGAUUUUGGGCCUAUUGAAGACACCUGCUCAGUAUGACGCUUCUGAGCUAAAAGCUUCCAUGAAGGGGCUGGGAACCGACGAGGACUCUCUCAUUGAGAUCAUCUGCUCCAGAACCAACCAGGAGCUGCAGGAAAUUAACAGAGUCUACAAGGAAAUGUACAAGACUGAUUUGGAGAAGGACAUUAUUUCGGACACAUCUGGUGACUUCCGCAAGCUGAUGGUUGCCCUGGCAAAGGGUAGAAGAGCAGAGGAUGGCUCUGUCAUUGACUAUGAACUGAUUGACCAAGAUGCCCGGGAUCUCUAUGACGCUGGAGUGAAGAGGAAAGGAACUGAUGUUCCCAAGUGGAUCAGCAUCAUGACCGAGCGGAGCGUGCCCCACCUCCAGAAAGUAUUUGAUAGGUACAAGAGCUACAGCCCUUACGACAUGUUGGAGAGCAUCAGGAAAGAGGUUAAAGGAGACCUGGAAAAUGCUUUCCUGAACCUGGUCCAGUGCAUUCAGAACAAACCCCUGUAUUUUGCUGACCGGCUGUAUGACUCCAUGAAGGGCAAGGGGACUCGAGAUAAGGUCCUGAUCAGAAUCAUGGUCUCCCGCAGUGAAGUGGAUAUGUUGAAAAUUAGGUCUGAAUUCAAGAGAAAGUACGGCAAGUCCCUGUACUAUUACAUCCAGGUAAGUCCGAGGUGCGGCGUCAGCCUGCCCUGCCGGCCAGAGCCUCCCGGGCCCCGGCAGGUGGCCUGGCAGAAUGAUGACACGGUGGUGAUUUUCUGUUUUCUAACUCUCUGGGGAAGAGAUACUGGUCAUCAACUAUCAGGGAUUUAUUUUGAAAGCACAUUUGUGAUUUGUCCUGGACUUUGUAGAAUCAGGCAGAUGUUUUAUAUUUUUCACAUCUGUUACUCUACAAUGAUCAUUGGUGUUCAUGAUGAUGGUCCUGCAAGGCUUGCUGACAUCCCAGAGAGACUUGGAAGAUCAAUUACAUUUUUCUUUUAUUAUGCAUUUAUUCCUUGAAAAAUCCUCUGGGAUGGGCCUGACAACUUUCAGUUACUCAGAACUCCCAUCUCUCCAAUCAAUUUAGCCUCUGUCUGUUUUGGCGUGAUGUCACAUUUGCGUGUAAGGAAGUGAUCGCAUUCACAGUGGUACCACUGUGUGGAUUUCAGACAGCCAUGGCCAUUCUGCUUUCUAAAAGUUCCUCAGAUGUCCAAAGCCAUGUCCAUGGUUACCAAGGAUGAAGUUAGAGCUGGGUUUUUUAUAGCCAGGUUUGUUAGGGCACGUGUUUAAAGUCAAAGGACCAGUUAGACUCUUAGGAAUUGUUCCUCACCUCAUCAGCUUCUUUCCACUUGACCUUAAUAAUGCAGGAAAUAGCAGAGUGAGCUAGGGCAGUACCCUGUUCUCUGUGGAAAGGCGAGGACGAGAGAGGAAAGUUGGGGUGUUUGUAGGACCUUGCUGCAGUAAGAACAGCCCUGGUCACGAACCCAGGUCAAGCCUCAGUACCUUGCACUCCCUCCACCCCACAGUCCUAAGGAGACUUGAAUGUCUUCCGCAGCACCUCCUCCGACCACACUCCCAGAGGCUUCCCUGGCAGUGGUUUGGGUGUGGCCUUCCAGGCCUUUGUGUCAGGGCAGGUCUGCUGAAGAGUCUUCUCUUUGUCAUGGGAGAGGCUUCGUUGGGCGUUGAGGCUACUUCUGUGUUACUGAGGAGUCUGGGCUUUUUUCUCAUACCGCAUUUCUUUUUUCUCCUGGGCCAUUUGUAGCAAGACACUAAGGGCGACUACCAGAAAGCGCUGCUGUACCUGUGUGGUGGAGACGACUGAAGCCCGACACAGCCUGAGCGUCCAGAAAUGGUGCUCGCCAUGCUUCCAGCUAACAGGUCUAGAAAACCAGCUUGUGACUAACAGUCCCUGUGAGGGUGACAUUAGCAUUGCCCCCAACCUCAUUUUAGUUGCCUAAGCAUUGCCUGGCCUUCCUGUCUAGUCUCUCCUGUAAGCCAAAGAAAUGAACAUUCCAAGGAGCUGGAAGUGAAGUCUAUGAUGUGAAACACUUUGCCUCCUGUGUACUGUGUCAUAAACAGAUGAAUAAACUGAAUUUGUACUUU